CCUCGCUGUUCGUUGCCAUUGCCCCCGAUCACGGCCGGAAUCGACAUCUAGCGACCGUCAUUCAGCGAACGGAGCCCUUCGUUCCAACAGCAAAGCGUCGACGCUUCUUAACGACCUGAUCAUCGAACCCGACUCAAGCUUCCGGCGCGUAACGUUCGCUCCUCACGUCGAGCGACCGCUGCGACCUCGCCGAGUUCACACCACCACCCAAACACCAUGUCGCGCUACGGGAAAUGGGACGACUUUUGUCGAGACAGUGGCAAUGGGCAUGCUACGAUACCGGUCUGCAAUCUGUUCGACCAGUCAAGGGCACGAGGAGGCAGUGAGCCGUACUGGGGCGGAUGCGAGCUUACGGGCAUUUCAUUGGGAGGGAAUUCAUACCUCGCGAACUUGGGGUCAAUACUCAUCGCGUUCGUCGCGAUUCUAGUCUCGCUAUUCCUGCUAUGGAAAACGGAUCGCAAAAAGGCUGCGGUUGGAAGAAGGGAAAUGCAAAUAUUCCUCAUCGGAUACAUAAUCAUUGAGAUCUGUGAGAUCUUCACGAUCGGAGGCUUUCCGCUGGAUGCCGCGGUUAGACGCGCAUUUUCUGCCGCCCACAUCGCUGCUGUUGUUGCUACACUAUGGAUCCUCAUGAUGAACGGCGCAGUCGGAUACCAGCUCAUCGACGACGGCACACCACUUUCGAUUGGACUUGUCUUUGGCUCUGCGGCGGCGCUGUUCGUUGGCACUGGCUACAUCGCACUCGACACAGCAUUCAGCUGGACCGGCUUCUUCGACGAUACGCUCCCACUACCCAAUCAGGCAUACGCGCUGUACACGUUGUACCAGCUCGUACCACUCGUCUUCUUGGUGGUGUACUUCCUGUUGGAGACAUUCUUGGUUCUCAAGGUCCUAGGGGAGAUCCGACCAAUGCUUUUCCUCAUCGGAGCCGCUCUGCUUUUCGCCAUUGGUCAAGUCUUCCAAUACGUGAUUAGCGUCCACAUCUGCAACGGCACGAAAGGAGCGAUCAACGGCGGUCUCUUCUCAACACUGUUCACCCUACUUGCCGUCGCUGCGACAUGGGUAUUCUGGUCCAGCAUCACAGAGGACGACUGGCCGAUGCCCGCCACAUCUGCAGGGAGUACAUACACAUAGCGUUGCUUUUGGAUGAUGGCGAAGCGAACAUAGGAUGGAGCCAGCCUUGGAUUUCUGUAGACGGGUCAUGCCCCCAGCCUCACAGCACUGUGU